UAUUUGAACCUUGCCCCAGGGAUGGUCAUCAUUAUUCAUAUCUUCCACCUUGCAUUGGACUUAUCUCCAUCGUGACGCAGCCAGAUCUGCUUCUGACAUCACUGCCUUCACAUUGGCACACGUCGAUAUGCUCCUCCAUCCUGCUUCAUGACUAGCUUUCAAAAUUCGUUUAUCGCUUCGCUUACAGCUCUAACCUACUAGGAUUUUUGAUAUUCCUCCCCCCAAGACCAACUCGCAAUUCAAAUUCAAUGAGCUCAGAUUCCGGCCAGAUCAAGAUGUCUGCCGCAUCGCGCGCCAUGUUGUCCAAGGUCAAGAAGCUCGUCCCUCCCAUGCUGGAGAAAUUCCACAAGGGUCAGCUAGGUCGAGUUGCUGUCAUCGGCGGCAGUGCCGACUACACGGGAGCACCGUACUUCUCGGCCAUGGCCUCGGCACGUCUAGGUUGUGAUCUGUCCUAUGUCUUCUGCGAGCCGUCCGCUGCGCAAACAAUCAAAUCGUACUCGCCCAACCUCAUGGUCUCUCCGAUCCUUCGAUCCACCGCCUCGAUAUCACAAGCCCAGAAAGAUAAGGAACCCUCUGGUGAAGAGCUUGCACAGCCGAUCAUCGACAUGCUCCCACGUCUACAUGUGCUCGUUAUUGGGCCAGGUUUGGGAAGAGACGUUGUAACUCAGAAGCAGGUGAAGGCCGUCAUUACUGCUGCCAGGAAACACGAUCCUCCUGUGCCGAUGGUUCUGGACGCUGAUGCUUUGUGGCUUGUACAAACAGACCCAGACCUGAUCAAGGGCCACAAGGAGUGUAUCCUGACACCCAAUGUGGUCGAGUUUGGCAGGCUCGCUAAGGCAUUGGGUAUGGACCAGAACCAGGGUGACCCAGAGAAGGCGUGCCAGGAGGUCUCCAAAGUCUUGGGCGGUGUUUGCAUCAUCCAGAAGGGUCCUGUGGACUACAUCUCCCAGGGUAUCGACACCACUAUUUCCGACUUCCAGGGUGGUCUGAAGCGGGCUGGUGGUCAGGGUGAUACAUUGACUGGAUCGCUAGGUACGUUCCUUGCCUGGCGAGAGCUGUAUCACGAGGACCUGUGGGACGUUGGCCCGGAGAGAAUGAGUCGAGAGGAGACUCUAUUGGUCGUGGCAUUCGGAGGCAGUGCCAUCACGAGGGAGUGUUCACGCCGUGCAUUUGCUAAGAGACAGAGGAGUCUUCAAGCAAGCGAUUUGACAGAGGAGGUACACAACUCGUUCCUCGCAUUGAUUGGAGAACCAGUGGAGCUACCAAAUUUGUGAAGAGCAGGAGAUUAGCUGAAAGCAGAUGUAAGGUUGGAGAUGCAUCCUAAUGCUUCAACUGGUGGCCGCGACCACAGACUUUGUUGUUUAUAGCGUAUGUCGGAUCUGUACUGGUAACUUCAUGCAUGGGAACAAGUAAUGAAUUCAGAAUGCUUCCUGUAUGAUGCUCGCGUUGUCCGGUGUGAACUGCUCCCUGUGUGUAGAACUGAAAUCUCAAUCAUGACAUGCUUAGCCCAUAUCUUGCCCACCCGCUUGGGCAUAUGUACAGUGCGACGAUGAUGUAUGAUCUGAUCCCCCUCGUCUAGUCGUAAACAGAGACGCCAUUAUUUCUUUUUAGCCUCGCUACUCGCUCUUGCUCCGCCACCUCGCUUUCUUGCUUGUA